UCGUGAGGGACGAGAGGAUCUACAUCCGUUCUGGCGAGGACAGCGAACGGCCCACCAGCAUGUCUCUACUGAUGCUGAACUUGAGGCUUUUUUUGGCCUGUACGCCGCCAACAGUCAACAUAGACAUCACACACUAAUACACACUCCUAUCAUUCCACCAAAACCACAAUCUAAAUCAUCUAACUUAUCCACAUAUGCCUCUAAAGCGUCUCUGUCUGAGGGUCUAAGAGUCUGCCAUUUCAAUGCGAAUUACUUUACGGGUCACAUUGAGAUGGUCAGGCUCUUCUUGUCCACUCGUUCCCCCUUUCACGUAAUAGCUGUAACUGAGGCCUGGCUAAGCGACUAGAUAGCAUCCAUCCCUUUACUAGAUGAUUACAUUAUGUACAGACGGGACAGAAACAGGAACGGUGGAGGUGUGGCCCUCUACAUUCAUCAUUCAUUGACAGCCAGCGUUAUCCCGUCAUCAAGCCGGGUAAGCCGGAGUAUCUUUUCUGUAAGAUCUCAGCUAAGGGAGUAUCGCCCAUCUUCGUGGGGAUUGUGUAUCGCCCUCCACACUCACCCUUUAUCCAGGGAUCUAAUUUCAUUGAGAACACUUCAUCUUCAGGGCUAUCACAGAGUCGGAUGUGUUGGCUGCUGUAUCACACUUUAACACCUAGGCCAGGGGAAGCGGUGGCAUCCCACAGGUUAUGCUCUCCAAAGCACUGCCAGUACUCGCUCCUCUAUGUCAAAUAUUCAACCCGUCUUUGAGCGAGGCACGCUUCCCCUCCGCCUGAAAGUCGUCGCUCGUAAGAGCACUAAACAAAGUCAACUCUCCAAUAGCUUUGACUGACUACCCUCCGAUCUCUCUACUCUGUUUCUUGUCCAAGGUGCUGGAGUGGCUGGUGCACAAGCAAAUUUCUAAGUAUUUUGAAACAAGACUUUACCUUGACAAUUUCCAAACGGGCUUUCGCACUGGCCACAGCACGCAGUCUGUCUUAAUUAAUCUAAUUGAUGAUGUCAGGCUUGGGAUAGACAGGAAGAAAGUCACUCUGCUACUUCUUUUUGAUUUUAGCAAGGCGUUUGAUACUGUGUGUCAUGUCAGGCUACUCGGAAAGCUAUCCUCUUUCGGCUUUUCUAAAAAGGUUAUCCGCUGGCUUGCAUCUUACCUCUCGGGAAGAGAACAGGUCGUCAUUAGUGAAAACAACGAACUCUCCACCUUUCUACCAUUAAACAACGGUGUCCCGUAGGGGUCAGUUUUAGGCCCCCUGUUGUUCGCGUUGUACAUCAAUGACAUUGGCUUCUGCAUCUAAUCUACGCGGAUGACCUGCAGAUUUACAGCCAAUGCUACCUCAAGGAGCUCGAUUCCUGUUUUGUCAGGAUGAAUGCUAACGCCGAGAGAAUAAGGGGCUGGGCUGCACUAAAUAGACUUAAACUGAAUGUCCUUAAGACUAAGGCUAUCGUCCUGUGUUCCCCCUACUAUAUAAAUGCACUACCUUCUACUGCUAACACCUUUAUAAAUAUAGGGGGAGCCCGGGUCGACUAUAAAUCAUCUGUGCGCAAUCUGGGGUUGGUGCUAGACUCCAAACCAGUGUGCCCAGGUGUGGCGAUUAAUCGCCAAUUUGGCGAUUUUUUGUCAAUGCUGGCGAAUCAUUUAGCUCGACUGGCGACUGGCGAUUUCGUGGCGAUUCGUAUUUCAACCUGGCGAUUUCGUGACGAUUUUCCAUUUUAUGAUAUUGUAAGAUUUCUAUUUUAUAUAUUUGAAUAUCGCGCCGCCGCACGGAUAAAUUUAGUAGCUGUGGGUAAAAAAGAGACAGCGCCUGCGCAAUACAGAGACAGAGAGAGAGAGAGAGAGAGAGAGAGAGAGAGAGAGAGAGAGGAGUAUGUGCCUAUGCUGUCAAAACAAAGCGUGCUGUCAGAGUGCAGUGGCUUAGGUACUAAUCUUAUUACUUCUACAAUAUAUCCAUCUACAAAGUACAAAGUGCAAAUCUAGUUUUGUGUAUAAUUAACAAUGACCGAAAAGGAAAAGGAGAAGGAAAAGAAACGAGUUUUCAACUACAAUGUCAACUGGGAAAAUGAACCCUGGGCUCAGGGUUGGUUGAUGAAAGCUGUUUUUACCAGCAAAGAGCAAAAUCAAGCUCAUUGUAAGGUUUGUUAUAAGUCUCUACGAGCUCAUCCAGCAGACUUGAAAAAACAUGGUUCGAAGCCUACUCAUUUAAAGGAAAUGAGUAAUAUAGAUGCUGCCAAACAGAAGAGCUUGGAAACCUUGUGCAAUGUAUCAUAUAAGAAGCAAGAAAAAUCUAGAGAUUUAAUAAUCGCCACAUUUGUAGCAUGUCAUACGAGUAUUCGAGCAAUGGAUCAUCUUAAUGAUGUUUUAAAAAGCUCCACACCAGCUUUAAAAGACAUGCAAAUGCAUCGUACAAAGUGUAGCAAUUUAAUAACUAAUGUUAUAGCUCCAAAUUUAUUAAAAGAGUUGAUUGAAGAUAUUUGAGAUACUGCGUUUUCACUAAUGGUAGAUGAAUCGACUGACGUGACUGAUUGUAAAUAUUUAAUUAUAAUGAUAAAAUACUUCAGCUGCUCUAAAGGUGAAGAAAUCACAGAUUAUUUAGGCUUACUACAGAUUGAACGAGCAGAUGCUAAUUCUUUGUAUGAAGCCAUAAAAGACUUGCAAAAAAAUCAUGUUGAAUACUUCAAAUUGCAUUGCACUAGGAACAGAUGGAGGGAGCAAUUUAUGUGGAAAAAACCACUCACUCUAUACUCUCAUGAAAGAUGAUAUACCCAAUUUGCAAUUAGUUCGAUGUGUAUGUCACGUUCUGAAUAACGCUGCUUCCGUUGCAGCUGAUGAGUUUCCAGCACACAUUGAUUUUCUUUUAGAGCACACCUACUCAUGGUUCAGCAAAAGUACUUUGAGAAAAGCUGAAUAUAAACUAACAUGGGAAACUAUGAAUCAAGUUGAUC